ACUCAAGAGAGAAGAUCCCCAGACCAUCUUCAGAACUCAGAACUCACAAAGCAGAGAGAGUUCAGGGAAAAUGCCUCCCAAAUCCGACCAUUCAUCAUCCACCAUCUCCCAACCGUCCGAUCAGCAGGGGCCCACUUCCAUGGACCCGAUCUUCCACAUCGUAUCCGUCCUUCCCUUCUCCAUCCUCCGCCCUCCCCGCCUCCGCCUGAAACUCCCCUCCAUCAGUCUCCCUUCGCCGAUGACCGUCUUCUGCCUCCUUCUCCUUACCUACUUCCUCGUCGUCUCCGGCUUCGUCUACGACGUGAUCGUCGAGCCCCCCGGCAUUGGCAGCACGCAGGAUCGAGCCACCGGCGCCGUUCGCCCCGUCGUCUUCCUCCCCGGCCGCGUCAACGGCCAGUACAUCAUCGAGGGUCUCUCCUCCGGCUUCAUGUUCGUCCUCGGCGGCGUUGGCAUCAUUCUCAUGGACCUCGCCCUCGACCGCAACCGCGCCCACAGUGUCCGUGUUUCCUACGCCUCUGCCGGCAUCUCCUCCAUUGUCAUCGCCUACGUUAUGAGCAUGCUCUUCAUCCGCAUCAAGAUCCCCGCUUACCUUAGGUGAAUUCCCCGCCCCGGCUCUAGGUUUUAAGAUUUUAUUUGGAGCGAUGGUUGCUUUCGAUCGUCGGAUUUGGAUUUUGAUCUUAGUGUUCUUAAUUCAGUACUUGUAAGAUGCUCUGAUCCUUUUCUUCUUUUUUAUAUGCAAUUUAAGUUUUUGCAUUGAUGAAAGAAUUCAUUCUGCCUC